AUGUUAAGUAACAUGGCCGUCGUUGAUAUUGAUAAUAAAUCUGAACCAACAUCAGAGAACAAUCCACCUCCUUAUCAAAAUCCACAGCUUGAUUUUAAUGGCGGAUGGAAAGAUCUUGGUUUUACAAUUGUAUUUGGGAUUCAUAUUAUUGUCGUCAUCGUCGUGGGCUUAGUUUUAGGCAUACCGAUUGUAAUUCCGUAUAUCAAACAAGUUUCAUCGGAGAAACCGCUACUACUAUCGCCUGAUUUCGACGUCAAACCUUUCGUUUACUCAUUGAGUGGUGCAGCAGCUGUCGGUGGAUUACUGUCUUUUCUCACGAUUUUCGCUUUACAACUGUGUGCUGGCCACUUUAUAAAAUGUUCAUUUUUUAUGCUUAUAAUUAUGUAUAGUCUUACGACAGUGACUCUCUUUUUUGUAGAACCAUUACUUUGCAUCAUACCCGGACUGUUAAUAUUAUUCAUGUUGAUUUAUAUAUCAUGUACUCGAAAACGUAUCGCUUUUGCUGAAGCUCACUUACAAGCAGGGUGCGCUUCUCUACGUAGUCGUCCGUCAUUGGUAUUAAUAGCGCUCAUCGUGCUCAUUAUAGAAUUCAUGUGGUUUAUUUUCUGGUGUCUUAUGGUCGUGGGUGUGAUACGUGCCUUAAAUAUUGAUUUAACAACUAAUAAAGUUAGCAUGACCAAUAAUCCAACUGAGUCAGCUACAAUUUAUGGUUUAAAUGCAAAAACUACACCAAUAACGUUAUCGUAUUGGAUGAGAGAAGAAACAAAAGCACCGAGAAUGAAUAGCUAUUCCAUGGAUGAACAAUCCCAAUAUAUGAAUACAAGCCCGAAUUCCCUUUCGAAUCCAGAACAAGAGAAUAGUGGUUUUAUUUAUAAAAUCGUUGUAUUUUUUCUAUUAUUGUCAUGGUAUUGGGGUGCAAUUACAUUUGGAAAUAUUAUUAAUUUUGUAACAGCAUGUACUGUUGGUGAUUGGUGGUUUAGUAAUGACGAUUGUAGACUCUACGGAAUGAGCAAUAGUAUCAAGCGUGCAUUCACGACGAACCUAGGAACUAUCUGUUUUGGUUCACUUUUUCAAGCUAUAAUAAAAACUUUACGGUUUUUUACAGGUGAUGGGCGUAGAAAAAAUAUUAUAGUCUGUAUUAUUGACUGUAUUCUUCUAAUAAUCGAAAAAUUAAUUGGUUAUCUCAACGAUUGGGCAUUUACUUUUGCAGCACUUACUGGUGAAGGAUUUGUUCAAGCUAGUCGAAGUUUUAUAAAACUGUUUGAAAAACGUGGCUGGACAGCAAUCAUCAAUGAUAGUAUUAUUGGAACUACUUUAAUGUUUAUCAAUAUUGGAAUAGGUCUCAUUUCAGCUGUCGCUGGCGGCUCUUUUAUCUACCUUACGAUGGUUCAAUCAUCAAAACCUUUUUUUGCUAUAAUUUGUAUAUCUUCAAUUAGUUUUCUAAUUGGUUUAUUCAUCAGUUCAAUCUUCACGACACUUUUGGCAUCUUGUGUACGAACAGUAUUCGUUUGCUUUGCUCUGCAUCCUGCAGCAUUAGGUGCGACCCAUCCUGAACACUUGGAGAAAUUGACCACAGUUUGGCACAAGUUCUAUCCGGAAGAAUUCGCCAGUAGCGGCUAUGCAAAUCAAUUUAAGGAACCACCUGUUUACUCGCAAUGUUGA